CUUGACUUGGGUGUGGUUGGACAAACAAAGGUUGAGUUUGAUAUAUCAUAGCUUCUUCUAGCAUGGAAAGUCCAAGAAACCCAUUAAUGGGGGAAGCUCACCUUCAAGGAAAUGUGGUUCCGAUUGAGGAGAAAGUCGAUGAAGACGAAAUUGAAGUUUGUGACGUUUGCAAAAGGAAGUUUGCUAGUGACAAAGCAUUGUUUGGCCACCUGGCGUGGCACAAGGACCGUGGGUGGCGUGGGGCUCACAAGCCACGAACUUUCAGUAUCAAAGAGUUUGCCGAGUAUCGAGAGCUUUUAGUGAAAUCAGAGGAGGAACAGCUUCUGGAAAUCGAGGCAGAAAAAGCUGCUCUGGCCGCCGCCCCACCACCUCCAUGUCGUAAUCCCCUUUCUACGCAGGAAGAAGCACACAUAGGUGCUCAGGGUAGAGCUCCUAGUAGGAGAAGAAAAACUCGCAACCCAUCGAGAUUAUCUCGCACUUGAAAGAAUAACUAGAAAUAUCAAUAAAUAUAGUGAGAAGAUCGUUCUUCUUCCUAUGUAUUUGGGGUUUGAGAUACUUUAGUAGAAGUUUCGUUGUCUUUCGAAAGUAAACUUUAAUCUUUAAUUGUCAAAUUAUAAACAAAAUUUGCAAGAAU